CUUCUGGAGUACGGGGCCAAUGUGAACCCGUCCCUCACAGCCCUCACCGCCUCGCCCCUCCACGAGGCUGCAUACAAGGUACCUGGUAACGUUGCCGUAGUGAGGCUGAUGAUAGCCAGCGGCGCCAGGCUAGGCUACCACGUCCACUUCGGCCCCGCUCCACGCGCUUGUGCCAAGGGACACGUGGACUGUGUAUCUCAUCUGUCUGCAGGUGCCAGGGUGAACUCGGCGAGGUUCCACGAGGUGGCGCUGCACCACGCCGCCCGGGUGGGGACGGUGGACCUGAUCGAGCUGUUGGUGGAUUUCGGGGCCGAUGUGAACGCCAGAGACACCCUGGACCGGAAGCCCGUGGACUACGCCACCCCCGCGUCCCCCGCCCACACCUGCCUCACGUUUCACGAAGGAAAUACUCUGAGCCUGCAGCAGCUCUGUCGAAUCGCCGUGAGGCUGCGGCUCGGCACCAAAGCCCCGGAGGUCAUAGGUCAGCUGGACACGCCCCGCCGCAUCCACAGCUACCUCCGGUACCGUGAUCCUCCUGCAGGACUACACCGGGACACAUGAUCAGACCCAUCAGGGUCAACGAGAGACCGGGUCUAAUUAAAAAGAACCACUGUGGACAACAUCUGCUCAAUGCAAAUAUAUAUCGGACUCAGGAUUGGAUAGGGCGUCGUCAUUAAUGUCAUUCAUUUAGGUUGUUGAAUAGUAAUAAAGUGUUUAUUAAUGAGCGAUUACAUGAAUCAGGAAAUUAAAGGGACAUUUCACCAUUGGAGGAGAUGACUAUAUCUGGA